CUCUUCCGCCAUACAGUGGCCAGCUCUUCGGUCUCUGACGUUUUUCCCCGGUGUGCCAGGGUUUAGAGGAGAACGGCUCCGUGCUCCGCGUCCCCAAACAACUAGAACCUCGAAGUCUCAUCAUUUCCCCCCGCUGUUUUCCCGAGUCGAUUUCCGAACACCGUCUUUCCGUCGCCCUCCGUAUCCUUUCGUCUCCGAGACUGCUACGUGUAGUUCUGAAACUUGAUAGGGCGAACACACCUGUCCAACUGACAAAGGAGACUUGACAAGCGACAGUGCAAAGUUUUCCCUGCCUCUGCAUCUGCAUGCUCUCACGUUUUGCGCCUCAAGAGGAACAGACACGCGGAGAGAGAGACCACGGAACCGCUGCGGCUUCCAUCGUGGCUGCUCGCUGUGCGUUCUUUUACCAGUGUGUUCGAUCCCUUAUCUCGGCGCCUUUCUUCGGUUGGUAGGAGGACGUGGACCUUCGCCGGGAAGCAGGGGUUCCUGGCACACAGGAGACGUUAGGGGCUUUCAGGCAGUUGAGAGAACACGACGAUUUCACGGGACAGGUGGGUUUCAAAAGAACUCCGCCGGAUUCAACGAAAGAGUCACAGCGUUUUGGGGGCGAACUGUUUUGCUCGGGAGAUCCGUUUUUUUCGCAGCUCGAUCGCUCGGCUUUUCAUGCGACACAUACGAAGCAGAAUUUCCCGUGGACGUCACCGGUCCAACGGAGUGAACAAUCCCUGGAAAAGAGCCGCUCAUCGUUUCAAAAGCGUCAAGGGAGCCCGUGCCAGCAGUCAACUUGAAGAGGUUGUCUGGGGUGCCUGGUUUUGGAAUCCGAGCUCUGUAAAGACACUACACUCUAAGCGACACCUGAGUGCGUACACCGCAAACGAAGAGGGUGGCCUCACCGUUCGUAUUGUCAUAUUUGGCAGUGGGCUGGAACCGGAAAUUUUCCUGGACGCCAAAGCGUACUUUUUAUGCAUCCACAAACACCCAACAGCGUCGCGUCUCCCGUUUUCCGUAGUGCUCCCGACGGCCUGCUGAGUAUCAGCCGUUGGGUUUGUUGGUCGAAGGUGGGGGUCCCGUCUGUGCGCGUUCUCUACAGCCGUUCGGCUUCAUCCGUGGACAAGGACGAAGAGCGCAUCUAACUUCGGAGCGAGAUUUAACGGUCCCGGACGCGGCGCGACGCCCCUCAGUCUACAGCAGCUGGUCCGCUUGGCGGGUUGAGUCGUCUUCACGAGUGCUGCCGCUACAGGAGGAAAGACAUAUUUUCGCGAUAUCGUUGUCCGCGGGUGUCUUUUCCCCUCUCUCUCCUGAGGCACAGACGCCACUCACUUUGUAUUUUCAGCUCGCACCCGACUCGUUUUUUCCUCCGCCGGACGAUUUCUUCUGGCGCUUCGACGGCCUCAGACGCCGGCGACGGACGUUGGAACUUGCUCCUCGCACGCCCGUAAAAGUUUUUUCUGCGAAGCACAGCACGGGACGGCCCGGAUUCGAGCGGGGUCUCGUCUCCUUUCUCUUGCGCGUCUAGUCUUCCACGCUGCUCCAUUUAGAAGUGGGGACGAUGACGCCUGUUCCCUACCAGCCUAUGCCGGAGGAGUUGCGGAGAUUCGAGGAAACAUGCGACGGCCCCGACGGCAGUGUGGUGCGUUUCGCGGAACCCUACUUGGACUACGUGAAGGAGAAAAUUCACCAAGGCGAAAGUGGAGUCGUUGAUCUCUACCUCCUCAAUCCGACUCUCGGUUGGGCAGAUGUCCACUUCGUCGUCUUGGUGUGCGCCGCCCUCUGCUCUCUGAGGCUGGUCCUCAGUGGGGCGAUGCUGCCGGCCUGGAAAACGCGCUUCAGCGCCUUCAAAUACUUCGGCCGGAAAUUUGACAUUGUGAAGCCGGGGAAGCUUUGCAAAUUCGCAGAGAAUCUGUGGUACGCCUUUUGGCACACGACCGCCCUCGCAUGGGGCGUUUGCGUGCUCGUUCAGGAGGCCGGAACUUCUGAAUCUCCCGGCUGGAGUCGCAUGAUGCUUCAGCAGCCCGAGGGCCGAUGGUUUUGGAUCACCACUGACGCCGAGUACGCUCAGGGGUCUAUCGGCUGGCCGCUUCUUCUUCCCUCCGGCGCCAUGCGCAUUUACUACCUGACCCAGAUCGCGUUCUGGAUUUCCUGUUCUCUCUUCCUGCGCAUCGAAACGCGGCGCUCAGAUCACAAAGUGUUCAUCAUUCACCACGCCGCUACAAUCUGUCUGGUGGCCUUCUCCUAUGCCGGCUCCUACUGGCGCAUUGGCGUGGUUGUUCUCAUCUUGCACGACGUAGUUGACACCCUGCUGUAUUGGAGCAAGUCGCUCCACUACUGCUACCUGCCUUCCAUCGUCACGGAGUGUUCCUUUCUUCUGUUUGUCUUUUCCUACCUGGUCGCGCGACUCCUCCUCUUCCCCUUCUACUGCGUCUGGCCCUCCAUUGACCCUUCUUACACUGAUCUCCUCACCAACGGCCGGGUGCCGCAUCGCUUCGGAUUCCCCGGAGGCAUUGUGCUUCCUUCUCUCCUCUGUGUCCUUGUCGGCCUGCAUGUCUACUGGUUCGCCCUCAUCGUGCGGAUGGUGGUCAAAGUCCUCAACGAUCGGCGCAAUGGCGACUGGGGAACUGCGGAGGAUAUUCGGAGCGAGGACGAGAGCGACACAACAGAGCCAGAGACAGAAGGGGGGAAUUCAAAGUGCAAAACCCGGUGAUUUUUUCCUUCUCCUUGCACUUUGGCCAGCAUCCAACUGAGAAAUGUCUUUUCCAAACACAAGGCUCCUGUAAACAGGGAAACAGCGUGAGAGUGGUAGAGCAGCGUUUUUGGGCAUUUGCAAGAGUGCUCGCGUAUGCCUCAGAAAAGGGUUGACUAGUAACGAGAAACCUGGAAUUUGCGUAUCGUCGGUGGGUCUGUGUCUCGAAGUCGCGCUGAGUGUUCACUGUAUUUAAAUGCACCCCGUGGCGUUUGUGUAUCUGAAUAUCGAGGCUGACUUUGCCUGGUCAGGAGGCCCUUCUCUCGGUGUUUCCUCUCGAAAACUUUGAGGACGUUCGGGUCAUGCGUUUCUGAUCGCGGCCUCGGUCUUUGGACCCUGGUAUUUCUGUUGUCAAUUUCGUUUUUCUCGUGUCAAAGCGGCCGAGACGCAGGUUGUUUUUCUCAGAAGAGCGGCGUGAUCGUACGUGUGUCCACACGUAUAUGCAGUAACGCGUGUGUUCUUUAUGUCUAUUCGCCCCUCGUUGUCUUUUGUCAUGUCGAGGCGUUUCUCUGUUCCGAGAACGGCCGCUUGGCAAUGGAAAAAUCGGAGGGGUUUGAACACAGUGCUGUUCUGCUCUCCUUUGUCUUUGCUCCCGCGGGAGUGCAGCGCCAGGCCACGCCGGGUUCCUGCCAAUCGCUACUGUGAGACAUGCGUCGCGGCAAAAACGGAUCUUGUUUGUUUCCAAUCUGAAACUCUGUCUACAUUCCUAAACGAGAGACCUUGUCUUGCCUAGGUCA